CAACGUCUUUUAACCCCUCUGGCUGUGACAAAAUAUAUACUAUGAUUGUAUAGACGAAGUGAGUAUAAUAACCCCUCUAUAUGACAUUACUUCACACACAGUAAAAAGCCCAUACUUCUGUAUCAAAUUUUCAGACAGCCUUCACCGACCCCUUCCGAAGAAAUGGCUGUCACCAAAGCAAAUCUUCCCCCUCUCCUACGCGCCGCCACCGCACUUCACCCUCCCCACAGCCGCCACCACUACCACCACAACUCUCUGACGUCCUUUCUCCGCUCUCACCCUUCCAACAUCCUUAUUUCAAACCCCCACCUGUUCUCCACCUUCCUUCACCGCCGCGUCCGUCCACGCGCCACCGCGUUUCCCAACCCUUUAUCCCUCAGCAUUUCACAUCAACACUUGGUCUCCCGGAGCGUGCACACACACGCCACCGCUCUUCACAAGCGCCGAACAACCUUCCACAUCUUGGAUUACGCUCUAGCCUUCGGUUGCAUUGCAGCAGCAGGAGGGAUAAUACUCUUGUACAAAAAUCGAGAAAAACCAAGAAUGUUCGCAACCAUAACUGAUGAUCUGGAGUUCAGGUUUCACGGCAUAAUGCCACAUAUGUACCGCAAGGGACACUACCUAGUCGUUGAGGGUCUGGCUCGACCUUUUAAACGGAACAAUAUUAGUAAUGCAACUGCUAAAUAUGUUGGAGACGAAGGUCCUUUGGAACUCUAUAUGUCAGCUACUGCUAAAUAUGUUGGAGACGAAGGUCCUUUGGAACUCUAUAUGUCAGCUACUGAGGUGUUACCUCGGCGUGAUCAUGUUGUCACCGCCUUGUACAAGAAUUAUACCAUUCUUGCAGUGAAGCAGAUAUAUUCCAAGGACAACGAUAAAAUUCUUGCAACAACUAAUCGGCUUGCUUCUUCUAGUGGCCAAAUCGGAAUCUCAACCCAUGUCGAUGAUUUGUCCAAGUGGAGCAAGUAUAAGUCUAAAAAAAUUGAUUCCUUGGUUACUAAAUUUGUUUUAUUAGUGUUGGAUGAGUUUGAAGAGUACUUGCCAAAAAUUUUGGGAGAAGGACACUCGAUUUUUAUUGAGGGUAUUAUCGACAUACCUUUGAAUUCGAUUAAGUUUGAUGAGAUUAACAAAAUUUGGCCAGGCAAGUGGAAUGAAGAUAAUUGGCCUAAAAAAUUGAAGGGCAAACCAAAAAGAAUGGGAGUUAUGUUAGCUGAGGCAAUAGCGAAACACGAUGAGAGGUAUAUGCCACGGGAAGCUGCUGCUAGUGCAAUUGAGCGGAAUAAUGCCAAGUAACAGAAAGGCUGCGGCAGAGAAGAAUGGGUAUCAAAUACAUUGUAUUUUUUACGAAACUUGGUAAUGUUACGUGUCCUGGAUCUUUGCAGUUAUUUUGUGCCUAUUCUCUAAUAUUUGGUGUUUGUACAAAGACUUCCAAGCUUGAUUGUACUUGGAAAUCUCCGACGGCGGCUAGAAAAAGAAGAGAGAGUUGAGUUUUUGAGUUCAACUCAGGUCCUUUAUUCUCUUAACAUAUAUCAAUCUUCAAUCGAUCUAUUAAUUUUAUGAUUUCUAAUUAAUACCGUCGAGACGUCGACAUUAACUUAUGAUUAUGAUCUAAAAGACAUUUAAUUACUACAUUAAAUCAUAUUAUAUUAGCCAUUACGU